AUGGCGCCAGCACGAAGAGCCCGCCGGGCGGUUACGCCAACCACCGCCAACGAGGCAGAGAACCCCUAUCUGCCCAGCAUCGAGACCCAGCAGUCGUUCUCCUACGGGUCGAGCACACCUGUCCUCCCGCGCCAGCUCGGCACGAUUGCCUCCGCCAACGCUGAGGACGUUGCGGCAACGCUUGACGCCGCCGUCCGCCCGCGCGUGACCGAGUCCGCGGGCUUCAGCCAGAUCGAAGACGAGGCUCGCAAGAGCCCGGAGAAGCAGAGGUUCACCCGUGGCCGGCGCCGAGCAGAGAGCGUCCUCAGCGCCAGGGAAAGCCUGUCUCCCGUCCGGGAGACCGCCAGAAGGCUGACCCCCGACAACCAGCUCAUGAGCACGCUGAGAGAGGCCUCUGGAGAGCCCGAGGACCAGUUUGGUGCUGUUGACCCUCUCGCGGAUGCGAUGGAGGGGUCCAGCAUCAGCUGGAACACGGAGCGUCACCUCCUAGCGACGGAACAGCCUCACGUCUCCCGCCAUCCCGCCUCGUCGCACUCGCAGCUGCAGGGAGCAGCCAAGCCAUCGUUGGGCUGGCCUCGUCCGGCAAGACGAGUCGAUCCGCCGCCAGUCCCGGCGUCUCCCUCGCGCGCGAGCAGCACCUCCGUCCGAUGGCCGCAGCCAAGUCCCGGAGCCGUCGAGUUUUCACCACGGAGGAACAGCAGCAGCCAGAACCAGAUCCAAGGUCCGGCACAGAGAAGCCGCGCGACAGCCGAGAGGAUCGAAAGAGGCAUCGCGAUAGGCGCGCCUGUGGGCGUCCUGCCAUCAUCAUCGUCAUCACGUCCAGAGGUUGCUGCACCAGCUCUGCGUCGCCCUACUGCCACCACCCGCCCUACCUUCAGAGACGACACUCCCGACACUCCCCAGUCCGGACAUACGCCAGCAUCAUCCCGCCAUGCGAGUCCCUCUCCCACUAUGCCUGCGGGUGUCUCCCUCCUAUCUCGACCGACGGGCAGCAUCUCUCAUGUCAUCCUCCUCCUCCUCCUUACGCUGAUAGUUGCGUUCAACGCAUACCUCGUCCGUCAUGAGAUCAGGGCCGUCGCGCAGUCUGUCGUGCAGUCACCCAUCAGCAAACGACCAGCCACGCCUAUUCACAACUACACCGAAGCCAUGGACAAGAUCCUCUCUACCGUCGACCGUCGGCUGACCAGCAUGACCCACGAGAUUGCUGUUCUAAAGGAAGAAGCCAGCAACCGGCCACCGUCACCGCCGCCGCCCACGGACCCGUUGGUGCCCCGGAGGGUGAACUUCUUUGCCCUCGGAACGGGCGCCCUGUGGGACGACGUCGGCGACUGCUGGUGUGCGGCCACGACGAACGGCAAGGCCCAGCUGGCCGUGCAGCUCGGCCGUCCCAUCGUGCCCGAAGAAGUCAUCAUCGAGCACAUCCCGCGCGAGGCGACGCUGGACCCGGGUUCGGCGCCACAGACCAUGGAGCUGUGGGUUGAAUACACGCUGCUCGCCGCUGGCCGCGAGACGACCAUGUCGGCCGUCCGCCGCUCCAUGCUCGAGACGCUGGCCAUGGUCUACCCCGGCGAGCAUCCGUCCGCCUACUCGGACGACCUGGCGCUGGGCCCGUCCUUCUUCCGCAUCGGCACCUGGCGAUACGACAUCAACGCCGGCCACCACGUCCAGCGCUUCCCGCUCGAGGCCGUCGUCGACCUUCCCGGCGCGCGUGUCUCCAGGGCCGUCGUCAGGGCCACCUCCAACUGGGGGAACCAGUACACCUGCCUCUACCGCGUCAGGCUCUACGGCCGUCUUUAG